GACAUCGGAUGUGCUCUCAAGAAACACAAGAAAAAAGAGAGAAAGGCACAGAAGUGAUAUAAGAAAAUAAUAAUAAAAAGAUUGUUUAAUCACAGAAGAAAAGCUUUUUUUUUUUUGGUCUAGAAGUUUAAGUUUAAAGCUACAGAAAAAAAAGAGAGAAUAAGUAAAGAAAGAAUUAAUUAACAGUUCUGAUAACCAAAAUUGGAAACGAAAAGAAAAACUAGAAACACGCAUAACGUGUCUCACAAAGAUGAACUGGAAGUUGUUAUUGCUCACAUUAAUUCUUAUCCUUGGAAUAUCAGCGCGACCUGCUGAUGACAAUGCACAAGAGAUAUCAACAUUGAAAAGUCUCAAAGAGACAACAAACCUUACAGAACGACCGACAGUAAUUGUAACAGAUUCUCCAAUAGAAAUUGUAACAAAGAAAAUCAUUACAAAGACUGCGGAAAAAGUUCCAGUUAGCGAUUCAAUCGCAACAUCGCAUGUUCCCACGACAACAAGCAGAUAUGAAGCCGAAGAUAAACCUGCUGACGAGAAUCGUGAGUUAAAAGCUGAUACUAAAUUACAAUUGACGUCAGGCAAUGUCAACAGCGAAAUAACACUAAAAGAAUCAUUCCAUCAUGGCGUUGCAGUACCAUUGUCCUUAGAAGAUUAUGAGAAAGAACUAGCACGAGAAAAAGAUCUUUUAACCAAGGCCAAGAAGAAGAUUUCAAUAGAAUCAUCGACACCAAAAGAAGGCAUUAGCACAUGGAUUUUAUUAAGUGGCAGCAAUAAUCCAACAACAACUAGCCGUUCGGAAGUAAACAAGCCUGCUUAUCGAGUUGAUAAUGACAGUAAAAAGCCUGUCGUAAAGAAUAACAUUAGUAGUGCAAAUUCUACACAAACUACUAAGAAGCGAACUACCGCUACGCAAAGUCCAAAAUCAACCAAAACAACGGUCAAGUACACAAAUAACAAAUUAGCUACUCGAGUCAAGGUAACACCAAUUGUUACAGAAGAGCCAACAACAAUUUCGACAACAAAGAAAGUUCCAUUGACUACAAAAACCAAGAAAUUUACUACGCAGCGUCCAAAAACAACACAAGCAAAGACUACCACUACAGUUGCAACCACGACCGUUGAAUUGACAACAGCUGCAUCGAAGAAAAAGGAGAGUCAAAAAGAAGAAAAAGUAAUUAUUGAUGAUUCGAUGGUUAUUGAUGACGAGAAAGAUGAACCAGAAUUUGUUGAAACAUCGACUUAUCUCAUUAUGGAAGCUAAGGAUGAUGAAUUCAAUUUGCCUAAUGAUCGAUCACCAUCUAAGUCAGUUCAAUCAAAGAAAGCUGCAGGAAAGACUACUGCAUCACCAAAAAAUAAGAAGAAGAAGAUCGCAGCCUCAGUUGCUGCUGGUACUAAUAGCACAACCAAGAUCAAGAAGAAGUCAGACAAAAAGACAGAUUUGACAAAAGUAUCGAAUAACAAGAAACCAGAAAAACCAAUUACUACUCAAAUUUACAAUUAUCUAGCCAGAGAAGUCAUGCCAACUGUUGGUGUAGGUCUAGUUGGAUUAGUUGUUACUGCUGGUCUCGCUACUUACUUCCUCGGUGGACCGUUAACUGCAUUAAGACGAUCAUAUGAUAUUGCAAGUAGACGUGACGAUGUUGGUAUAUUGGAUAGAUCAGAUGACUUUGGAAAUAUGCAAGAUGAAGGUGAAAUGUUUGGUAAAGUUAUUGCUGGAAUGCCUGAAAAUUCACCAUACAGAAACAACAUUCGUGUCAAUUCUUAUCAUGUUAAAAAUCAGCAAUAUCCAUCAUAUCCCGGUCCACAAUAUGGUCAACAGCCUCAACAAAUAAACAAGUAUGGAAUUGCACCACAACAAGCAGCUCAGCAGCUUAAACAACAACAAUAUCAGCAGCAAAUAGCUCAACAACAAAUUCAGCAGCAACCAAUUCAACCACAGGCUCAAUCUCAACAACAGCAAUAUUUAAGAUAUCGAGCAGCAGAUCCAUAUUAUAAUUCAUAUCCAAAAAAUCAAUAUUAUCCGCAACAAGUUCAACCAAAGUCAAACAAUUACGGUCCUCAGGCAAUUCAAGCAGCUGAGAGUGCUCAAAAAUUUAAUAUUGACUCUGUCGAUAUGACAACAAGUGAACCAUCAUCAUCACCUUAUAGUAUGGACUACGAUGAAAUUGCACAAAGUUACUUUCCACAACAUGAUGAUGAGCCAUCACCGGCAUCACAAAUAACUAUCGAUCAGCAAAAAAUGCAGGAAAUUGAAUCAAAACCGCAACCUCAAUAUGUCCAACCAAUGGAGUCGGAAAGAUCUGAGAAAGUCACAAUAAUUAAUGCACAAUCGGUUCCAACAAAUCACAAAAAUGAGAAUGAUCAUGAUCAUGAACAUGAACAAGAAGAGGAGUCACCUUUACCAACACCGGAAGCACUUAAAAUGCCAAAUCUUGACGAGGAGUAUCAAAAUUCAAUUGCUAAUGCUAUUUUAAGUCAAAAUCAAAAGAAAUUUGUUGUCGGCUCUGUAAUUGCUGAUAAUUUUGAAGAAAAUGCUGCAGGUAGUGUUCCUGAGCACGGACCCCGUCGCCGAAGAAAGCGUGAAGCGUCAAAAAAGCCUGCAGCUAAGAGUUUAGACAAUAAUGAAAUUGACGAAGACGAGCGUGUUGAAAAACCUAAGCGUGAUACAGAAGCAGAAACAGAAAUCGUAACGACAACAUUAUCACACGAAUCUGCCACCCAUGAAUUAGAAAAUGACACAACGAUUGAAGCUGAUAAAGCAGAAGAAACAACAUUUUCGACAUCAACACCUACUUAUGAUAUCAGUCCGGGACAAAAUAACAUUUUCAAUUUAUUCCGUAGAAUAGUUGAAUUAAAAUUGCGAUUGGGUUUGAAUUUCUUACAAAAUGCCACGCUUGCAUUCCAAGAGUAUCUGAGAGGUGUUGAAGCACGUGUUCAUGCAUCUCCAUUAUUCAAUCCAUAUAAGAAUUCUACAAAUUCUACAGAUAUGAGUAGAAAAUCGAGUAAGCUACAGCGCAAAAAGGUUGAAAAUCUUUGAACGUUAAGCAACGAAAUAUUUAUCGUACAUUCUUGACGAUGACAUAUGAGUAAACAAAAAAUUUCCAUUAAUUAUUUGCUUUAGCUGAAUAUUUAGUGAAAAUUUUCAAUAUCAUCAUUUUAUCUCAAGGAUAUCCUUAAUUUUUAAACAUUCCCAAUCAAAUUUAAUAAUAAUAGAAUAGAACGAGAGAAUAAUCAGUGAUUUAAUGUGACUAGAGAUAUGAAACUGAAGCUUUUACUGAAUGAAAAACAAGAUUCUUAAAUUUCUUUAAAUUUCCAUUUCACAUUUUUAUUGUAUUUGGUAUAAAUUAAUGGUAAUUUUUAUAAAAAAAAGAGAAAAAUAAAUUAAGUAUAAAAUUAAAUAAUUUAUAAUACUUUCACUUUCACAUAACAACUUAAU